CAGCGUGCUUCGCGCCGAGCGCGUGAGCCAACCGUUUCGCGGGCGAGCGGGACCCGCUAACGGGCAACGGACCGGAAACCAUGUGAAGGAACAGAACCGAACCCGGGCGCGGCGCUUAAAUUAGCAUGCGCGUCUGAAAUCCAUUUUCUUUUGUUUAUUUUGGUUUUAAAUCAUUAAGCCGGUCACUACCUCCACCUUUCCGUUUUUCGGACGCACAGGUGCGCGGGCUUCCCGUGUCUCUGUUAAAAGCAACGGGCAUGGCUGAACCGGAGCGGAAACCCUGCCAACCUUGCCAAAGGGCGCCGGUUCGGGUCGGAUUUUACGACAUCGAGCGCACUUUGGGGAAAGGGAACUUCGCUGUGGUGAAGCUGGCGAGACACCGGAUCACCAAGUCGGAGGUGGCCAUAAAGAUCAUAGAUAAGACCCAGUUGGAUGCUGCAAACUUGGAGAAGAUCUACAGGGAGGUGGAGAUCAUGAAGCUACUGGACCAUCCGCACAUCAUCAAGCUUUACCAGGUCAUGGAGACCAAGAACAUGCUGUACUUGGUCACGGAGUAUGCCAAAAAUGGUGAAAUCUUUGACUACCUGGCUAGCCAUGGGCGGUUGAGUGAGGCAGAAGCACGGAGAAAGUUCUGGCAGAUCCUGUCAGCUGUUGAGUACUGUCACAAGCGCAGCAUCGUCCACCGAGACCUGAAGGCUGAGAACCUGCUGCUCGACGCAAACAUGAACAUCAAGAUUGCAGACUUUGGUUUUGGGAACUUCUUCCAGCCAGGGCAGCCGCUAGCCACAUGGUGCGGCAGCCCACCUUACGCGGCUCCCGAGGUGUUUGAAGGGCAGAAAUAUGAAGGGCCACAGCUGGACAUCUGGAGUAUGGGGGUGGUCUUAUAUGUGCUGGUUUGUGGCACCUUACCAUUUGAUGGUCCCAGCCUGCCGGUUUUGCGACAGAGGGUUCUUGAAGGCCGUUUCCGCAUCCCUUACUUCAUGACCGAGGACUGCGAACACCUGAUCCGGAGGAUGCUGGUCCUUGACCCGGCCAAGAGGUUGGCACUAAGCCAAAUUCGUCAGCACCGCUGGAUGGUGCAGGAGGUACCAUCACCAAAGCCUCAGCUCAACCGGCAGGGCGUAGGAGAGCAUAGCGAGCAGGUCCUUCGUCUCAUGCACAAUCUUGGCAUCGACCAGCACAAGACCAUAGAGUCUCUCCAGAACAAAAGCUACAAUCAUUUUGCUGCUAUCUACUACCUGCUGGUGGAGCGACUCAAAGCCCACAGAAGCAGUUUUCCUGUGGAACAGAGGCUCAACGGUGCCCAGCGCCGGCCAAGCACUGUGGCUGAGCAGACUGUCCUCAAGGCUUCCGUUCCAGCUCUGCAAGCCACACGCCACCUGCGCUCACCCAUUCUCCUGCAGACCUCCACUGAGACUUUCAGCUUCACACAAAGCACUGCUUCUCCAGAGCAGGCCCUAAUGGAGGAGGAGGAGGUGGCCACUCCCAAGGUGGAUGGCUGUAUGCUGGAGCCUCUGCCCCCUGUUGUGUUACGUAAUGCCAGUGGCUUAUUUCCGGGCACCGUCACAGAGUCAUCCAUAGAUGAAGGAAUCGAGGCUGAGGACGAACAGAGCAUCCACUUAAGCCAGCACAGACAAACACAGUCAGACGGCACCAGCCAACUGGGCACAGUGUCUGCCUCAGGGAAGCUCCUCUCCAUGGCUUUGAACCCGUCUCUGGGCAGCAUGGACUCAGAGUACGAUUUGGGCUCCACACACAGUGACCUCAGCCUGGCCGACGACCCUCCGCCCCAUGGAGGUACGCCAACAGUGAUGCCUGCUAGUCAAGCAGACCCUACCUUCCCCUGCUUGAAAGCUUCUAAUCCCAGCCCCCAAGGCCUGAGCUCAGAGGAGCGUAAGGCUCAUAAUCAUUCAUCGGUCAGCUUUCGUGAAGGACGACGAGCAUCAGACACUUCUCUCACACAAGGUCUGGUAGUGUUCCGGCAGCACCUCCAAAAUCUCGCCAGGACCAAAGGAAUUCUGGAGUUGAACAAAGCACAAGUGGUGCUGGGAUCUCGAGAUGGAGACACCAGCUUCCAGCCUAAAAACCUGGAGCUUCAACAGCAGGGAGAAGCACAUCAAUGUCGUAGUGGAAAGGACACAGCAAUGUUCUCGACUAAAAUGCACCCCUAUCUGCUGUCUAGACGGCAGUCACUGGAAACCCAUUGUCUUGCUCAGAGGCUGCAGAGGGCUAGUCUGCUGGCCAGUGGUGCUGGCAGUGGGCAAAUAUUCUGUAAGGAUCCUAUGCCUCGUACACUGGAGCAGCAACUACAGGAAUACAGACUCCAACAGAAGAGACUCCAUCUACAGAAGCAGUCUCAUCUGCAGGCCUACUUCCACCAGACUCAACUGGCAGAGGACCGGUACACACCCGUGCAGGAUCACGCCGAUACCUCCCUCGCCAACCCAACUCUCUCUCGUACAGCUCAGACCCUCAGCCCACUCCUGGAGCCUAGCACCCCCUGUCCAGAGAUGCACUAUGUGCCCUCAGACUGUGAGACGAUGGAGGCUCAACAAGGUGUUCUGGUGAAGUGAAACUAUUCCCUUUCCAGCCAGACACACUGGGAUGGAUCUCAGACAAAAAAAAAAAACUAACUAAUGGAAGAACACCACCAAGCUCUCAUGGACAAGCAAAAUGGCGCGUUGGUGUUGAAUCUUAACGAGACACAUACACCCCAUUGUGAUCAAAAUCCCAGAGUAUGGACUAUGAAGGACUUGUUUUGUCAACUGUCAAGAGUAGUAAUUCUUUGCAAAAUUAGCUAGACAAGCACAAUAUAAACAUGUUCUAGCAAAGGUUCAGAUUUGUGUCAGUAUAAAAGCAAUAUGUUCUCCCUGAGAAGACAAUGUUAAGGUUAUUUAAUUUAUUACAUUUUAAAAUUGAUCAGUUUUCCAAUGCUGUUCGGAAAAGGGGGGGGGGGCUCAUCCUGACAUGCAGAAAAUCAGUUCUACGGCUCUAUUAUUUGGUUCUACUUAAAAGCGUGUUAUACUUCACCUUGCUUCAACUGCUUCCGACAGCCAACUGAAACAAACCUCGGACAGCCGAGAGCUUGUAGUCUUUCAGAACAGUGGGAGGAUCCUAGCUAUCCAUCAAUCAAGGAUGAGGGUAGUAAACAGCAAAGUAUGAUAUGUGCAAGUUCACAUUUUAUUCUUGCCCCAUCAUUCGUUGCGCUCUAUCCGAAGUGCCUUUCCACGGCUUGGAAGGCAUCAGAAGCCUGUUCGGAUGAAAGUAUAAGUGGGCCUUUAGGCACUUUUAAAUGUGACAGAAGGAAACGUCUGUCAUAUCAAGCGAUGUUAAAUCCACUAGCCACUCCAAAUGACUACUGAACCAAACACUGAUGUUGGUCGGCUUAUUUCAUUUAAGUGCAUCACAUGUGGCAUUAAAAAAUGUAAUGCACUUUCAAGUAUAUUCGGUACAUUUACCCUGUUCCUACACUCAUUGGAUCUUCUAUUAGAUACACCUUUGAGUAGUUACACACGUAUUGACUGUAGGUCAUCUGAUGCGGUGUAGACUUGUGUCAGUCUGUCUAAUCUGUCAACCAUCAUAAGAGCACAAAUGACUGGUGGUUUAUCGUCCUCAUCAUAGCAGUGACAUCGACACUGGUACAGGAGUAGCCGACACAGCAGCAUUGCUGGGGUUUCCCCCAAACUGAUGCACUGGAUAGAAGGCGGCUGAUAGAUUAUGUAUAGCACCAGAGUCAAUAACUGUAUACCAACAAAGCACCUACAAGGCCAAGGAGUCUAAAAGGAAGCCAUUUCAGAUUCCACCCGAGUUGUAGCGAUUUUGUCAGGACGUAAAGUAUUUCAUUAUUAUAGCCAUGGGCCUUUUUUCAGUGAAAUGUUCUUUUGAGGAAUGUUCAAGGAUUUCUUUUCUUCUUCUUUUUUUUUCAGAUCUGAAGUCUACUCUGUACGACGAUCGAUGAAGUACGAUACACAGGCUGAAUCCUUAACGGAUUCCUAUUGUAUCCCUAAAUUCCUGCCCCGGUUAUAUUUAAACCGCAUAACGUAUGAAAGAAUGGCUUCUAUAGCUUAGCUAGUGAGCUAUACGUGGAAUAUAGGGCCUUUUAUGGUUACUGUACAAGAAUAUUUACCAUCCCGACGUAUAAUAGCAAUACAGAACGUUUCGGUAAUAGUCCUGACACCUGAAAAUAGGUGUUUGUAGUGAAUGUGUUUACUUUUUUGCCAGUUCACAAAAACAAAGAUCUCACCAAGACUUGGUAGAAUUUGUAGUCAAUCUUUUGUUCACUUUGUUGGAAUUAAAAACAUGAAAGACACUUAAAA